AUGACGGGAAAUCUGGCUUUGGGCUACAGCUGCUGCCUCAUUGCAGGGGUUGGUUUUGGCAUCAACUACCUGCCUGUCAAAGGCAUCGACACUGGAGAUGGCAUAUUCUUCUCCGCAGUGAUGUCCGUGGGCAUCCUAGCAGUAGGCUUGGUCACCGGGACGGUGCUUAGCAGCCCACCUGGGCUUCUAAUGCCAAAGUUCGAGCCCUGGGCGGCCUUUGGGGGGGCCAUUUGGAUGUGCGGAAAUUUGAUGUGCCCCUAUAUCAUCAAGCUGAUCGGCAUGGGGCUCGGACUCACCGUCUGGGACUUGAGCAACAUGAUCAUGGGUUGGUUCACGGGGCACUAUGGGCUCUUUGGCGUCCAGAGGGAGCAUAUUGAGAGACCAUGGGUGAAUUCCGUGGGCCUGGGAAUGGCCGUCCUGUCCCUUUUCUUCUUCUCCAUGGCUGCGAGUUUCGAUGCAAAAGAAGGCGGCGCAAAGAUGGACACGACGGACGAGACUCGCGAAGAUAAGCCGAACUCGGAGGAGGACACGGCCAGCACGGCAUUCCCUGCAUCUGUGGGAAGUGAGUCGGAUCUGGAGAUCCAGAUCGAAACGCCAGCCCCGCAGAUCGUUGGCAAAACCAUAGAGACGAAGAAGACUCCCGGGUCGCCGCAGGACCAGAUGACCCCGUGUCAGAAUUCAGAUGCCCGCAACUUUGCCAUAGGUCUUUGCAUGGCUCUGGUUGCAGGAGUGUUCUUCGGAACCACCUUCGACCUUCCAACAGCUCUGAUGGAGGGACGCUUCGGAGACGAUCAUAGUAAAGCAAUCAUGGAUUACGUGUUCAGCCAUUUCUGUGGCAUCUUUGCAGCUGCUUCUGCUGCCUUGGUCGUCUACUCGGCUGUGAUGAGGGAGAGGCGCUACAUGCCCCGCCGCAUGAUCCUUCCGGCGAUCGCUUCGGGCAUCCUUUGGGGCAUUGCUCAGGUAGCUUGGUUCCAGGCUAAUAUCGACCUGGGAUUCUCUGUCGCCUUCCCCAUCAUUGGUAGCCUCCCUGGCAUUGUCGGGCUGAUCGUUGGCAUGGCCUUCUUCGGAGAGGUGAAAAGCAGGAGGAGCCGAUUUUGGGCCGGCGUGGGUUUGGCACUGCGCUUGCCAGGUGUCGUCCUCAUUGCCAUUUCCACUUGA